AUGACAACCUCUCCUGCACCUCAACAGGCACUGGCACCAUUGCUGAACGAAAGAGCUGCUUCUAUCGGUUGGUACUUUAUCGAAUCGUAUUAUAAUUUCUACAAUUCUAACAUCGAAUCAAUUCAUAAAUUAUACCACCCUAAGGCUUCACUUUCCCAUGCCGGCUUCCCAUCCACAGGAACUCUGGACGGGGAUAAGAUCCAUCAGGCUUCGGGUAUCGAUGCUGUCAAGGCAAGAUUCAGUAAUGACCCACAAUUGAAGAAAAAUGAUAGCAGAAUUGUCGUUUCAAAUGCAGACAUCCAAGUAUCACUUGGUGAUAAGAUUUUGAUCGUCGUGACCGGUGAAUGGUCCAAGGGCGGCCUGCCAUACUGGUCAUUUUCUCAGACAUUCCUUUUGAGUCCAGGCAGAAAGGAGAAUAGUUUAGACUUGACUAACGAUAUCUUAAGAUUUCCAGGAUUCCAAGAUUUCAGUAGAAAGGAAGGUAAAGAAGAAAUAGAAGAGGCCAAGGAAGUUGUUGCUGAGCCAAAGACUGAAGCCAAAGAAACUAAGGUUGAAACUAAGGUUGCCUCAGAGCCAAAAGCUGAAGCAGUUAAGGCAGCUGCACCAAAAGGAGUUGCUGAGCCAAAAUCAGCGGAACCAAAGAAUGAACAGGAAGAAAAGAGCGCUGAACCUGAGCAAAAGCCUAAGAAGGCUGAAGCUACCGUUGCAGCUACGUCCAACAAGGUAGCCGCCGCUGCUGCAGUUGCUGCCACCAAACCAGAAGUAAAGGACACUGCUAAGCCUGAAGAAGCAGAAGAUUUAAGUUCCGGUUCUGCACCAAAACUUUCUUGGGCAGCAAACUUGGCAGCUACCACAGUUAAGCCCACCACCAAGACAUCUUCGAAGUCACCAGUUGAAGCUUCAGCCACUCUUGCUGAAGGUUCAUCUAAUGCUACGUCCACUGUAGCAUCACCUCCAAGCUCUCCUCUUGCGACUGCUGUCACUGUUGCAAGCACGGCCACCAAGACAGCUUCUGUACCGGCAGCGACCACGGGUGCCAAUGGUCCCAAAUACAAGAAGGAUGAAUGGUUCCCUAUUUAUAUCCGUGGAAUCAGAGACCCAAUUUCUGAAGAUUCGCUCAGAAAGCAUCUUAGUGCCAAGUUUGGACCAAUCAAGUUUCUCAAGGUCAAUGUAUUCAUUGCCUUGUGUGAUUUCGUCGACUUUGAAUCUCAACAGAAGGCACUCGAUGCCAAGGAGACUACUAUAAGCGGAAUCACGAUUCAACUUGAAGUCAGAGAAUCCAAGGGUGGAUCUUCUAACAAUAGCAGCAGCAACAACAGCAAUGGAGGCUACACCAAGGUUGGUGGAUCAAAGAACUCUAGUACCAAGGAAAACAAGAAACCUAAUGGCGAUAAGAGAAUCAGAGAUAAGAAACAGGGAAAGAAGGUCAUACCAGCUAAAUGA